AUGAGGAUGAUUUGCGAGAAGAGGAGCCUGAACUCGAUCGAGCUGAGGAUCGAGCUGAGGACCAAGUCGAGUGAUGAGGAUUUGGGUGAGCCUGAGUGCUACUAUUUUGAGGAGUAUGAGGCUCCAAGGAUGAACCCCUCUGUUGUGGCUGCUCACAAGAGGAUUGGACUUCUCCAAAAGUUCAACAAGUGGCAAGGGAAGGCCAUGAGAAAGAUGCAAAAGUCCAUGGACAAGAUGGUGAGCAAGAUCAAGAGUUUGGAGAAGAAGGUUUCUGGUUCUUCAAGCAAGAAGAAGAAGUCCAUGGCCCCCACAUUCCCUAGGAGUAGAUCCUUCUCACCACUCCAAGGAGGCUCCCUGCCCAAGAGCCUCUUCAUUUCGAGCCAAGGGAAGGAGAAGACAACACGCAGAGGAGGAGGAAGAGUUCCAAGGCCAGACGCUCCAGCUCGACCAGGACUCGAUCGAGUCCAAACAGAGGAAACUCAACUCGAUCGAGCUGAGGGUCGAGUUGACCUGAGGGAGUUUGAGAACCCUGGAUUCGAGUACGAUCCAACGCAGUACCAGGACUUCCCCAGAGCCACUGGACCCAUACGGCAGUUCGAGCAAGCCAGCUCCUCCAAGGCCAAGGGAGCCACACACUUUGAGAUGAAGAAGAAGAGGAGCCGCAAGCUCGAUCGAGCGCAUGAACCCAGUGCAUGGAGUGCUCCUGAUGGCCGUCCCAUCUCCAGACCACGACCUAGCCUCCCAGUUCUUUGGGGGGCACUGAGGCUAAGUUUGGGGGUGCCAACUCGAGCUCGAUCGAGUUGGGUGUAA